AUGUUUUUGGCUCUGGUUACCGAGUGUCCAUCACAACAGUUCACUGGCCGGAUAUUGUGUGCAGACGUUCAAAUAGAUACAUUCAACGACCAUGAAGAAGUAACAAGUAACAAAGAUACGUUGAACACUAAAGGAUGGGAUUUAAUUUUAAUUAAUUUAAUUUUAAUUCCAACACAGAUUUUUGAAUUAUUAAAAAGACAGUUAAAUUACACUGUUUCCAAAUUUGGAGUAUUUUUUUUCCUCGUAAGUUCUACAAUGUAA